AUGUCUUUCAAAAUAUCAAACAUUUCAAGCUUCAAUCCGACGGUGGUAUUGGCAAUUUCGGACGGUUUCGUUGAGACCAUCACAUUCAGCCCGUCACGAAAUCAGCCACACCUUUUCAACAAGUCUGCAGUUGAUGAAAGUCUUACAAAGGCGCUCGGUUUCGGAAGUGACUGUGACAAGCCGAUACGCGAUGCCAAGGUCGCUUUAGCUAUGGAUGAUUUGAGACUGCAUUCGGCUUUUGAGCUGGGAAUCGCACUUGGCUGUGACAACUCCACGAACUUGGAGAAAAAAGCUGCCACUGUUGGUGCAGUUGUGGAUAUGCUUAAGAAGACAGUUACGCUGGAUGUUGUUCAAGAGUACUCUGUGGUUCCGUCAGCGAACCCUGCCGAUCAUUUUACGCCUGAUCAAACAGUGAUGGUAACAAGUGCCUCGAUACCAGUUCUGGAGAAGAAAGAGUGUUUGUUUACCGUGCCCACAAAAAAUCAUUUAUUAAAGUUGUAUCGUAUGGGUAACGGAGAACCGCCUUACACAUUGAUUAUGGCUGUCGAAAAGGUUAGUUCGCAUGUAGAAACGGAUACUUUAAAGUGCUUUCAAAAAUGA